UUUUUCUCAUUUUUUCAGAGCCAACUAACAACAACACGACACAACACCUUCGCUGUCUCUCCAUUUCGCUCUGUUUUCCCUUUCCAAAACGCAGCGGUGAGCGACCGGCGAGAAACCAAAUCUCGCCGGAAUUUCGCUCUCUCGAUCGCCGGGAUUUUUCAUCUCUUUUUUCUUUUCACCUCCCCGGAAUCAAUCUGCCACAAAGAGAACGAAUAUUAUUUUCUUUUAUGAAUUUGGUGUAUGAUUUUGCAAUUAUGGUUUUGUAGAAGAAAACAAAGAAAAAGAGGAGGAAAAAUUCUUCUCUCUCAUGUGGUGAGUAAUGGCUUACAAUGGAAGGAAAAAGAUGCUGAGAUCCCUUCCUCUAUCUUCUUCCUUUAUCCUAUAAUUUUUUUCUUUCUUUUCUCUCUCUCAAAUUUGAUCUGUCUUUUAAAUAUUUAAAUUCCCGUUGAGCAUCAAUACAUAAUAAAGGUGGCAGGCAGAAUUUUCAGGUUCUUGAUUCACAAGGCUAUGGCGAUUACCUUAGAACGGAGCCUCAAGUGACAAAUUUUGAGCUUUUAGUUUUUGAGAUUUUUCGGUGUUGAAGCUGAACAAUUCCAUUUGAGAUCAUGGAUCAAAAGAAUACAUCUGCAUCAUCCCACCUUUCGGAUGAUGUUCGUUUCCCACAUGAGAGACAAAUUGGAUUUUGGAAGCCAAAUACCCUGGCUGAUAGCCAAGACAAGAGGGUUCAUUCGCCUCCACCAAAUCUGGUUAGAGAUCAAGAAGGAAAGUUCGACACCAAUUGGAAUGGAAUUACCAACUUAUCUGAGCCUUCAUGGAAUUCUGUGAAUAAUCAUCCAAAAUCAUUAUCAAAUAUGCAUAUGCAACCAGUGGUGAACUUUAAUAGAAACAGCUGCAAUGCCAAUGUGAUCCAGCAUGAAAGUAGUCUGUUUUCAAGUUCGCUGUCUGAAAUAUUUAGUAGAAAAUUGAGAUUAUUGGGGAAUGAUCUAUCUUUUCAGCAUGCCAGUAAAGUUGCUUCACACCAUGAAGAGGAACCUCUCAAAUCUAUGGAAGAAAUUGAGGCACAGACUAUUGGAAAUUUCCUCCCUGAUGAAGAUGAUCUCUUCUCUGGAGUGAUUGGUGAAUUGGGACUCAAUACACAUGCCAGUAAAGGGGACGAGUUAGAAGAUUUUGACCUAUUCAGCAGUGGCGGAGGAAUGGAAUUAGAAGGAGAUGAUCACGGAUCCAUGGGUCCAAGGAAUUCAGAUCUUAUCGGAGUACUAAACAGUCAAGGGGGUUCCAAUGGCUCAAUUGUUGGUGAGCACCCAUAUGGUCAACUUCCUUUUAGGACACUUUUUGUAAGGAACAUUAAUAGCAAUGUUGAAGACUCAGAGUUAAAGACUCUUUUUGAGCAAUAUGGAGAUAUCCAAACUCUUUAUACUGCCUGCAAGCAUCGUGGGUUUGUUAUGAUCUCUUAUUAUGAUAUAAGGGCAGCCAGAAAUGCAAUGAAGGCUCUGCAAAAUAAGCCAUUGAGGCGUAGGGAACUUGAUAUACAUUAUUCAAUUCCACAGGACAAUGCAUGUGAAAAAGAUGUAGAUCAAGGGAUGCUGGUGGUUUUCAACCUUGAUUCCUCUGUUUCAACUGACGAGCUUCAACGAAUAUUUGGUGCUUUUGGGGAAAUUAAAGAAAUCCGUGAUGCUCCAAACAAGCAUAACCACAAAGUCAUCGAGUUUUAUGAUGUUAGAGCUGCAGAAGCCGCUCUUAAUGCUCUGAAUAGGAGUAACGGUGCUGGGAAACAGGUCAAACUUGAACCAAGCCGUCUGGGUGGUGUUAGGCGUUUUAUACAGGAGCAAGACGAACCUAAUCGUUGUGGAAGCCCUUUUGAUGAGUUAUCAUCAGGACGCAUUGGAGUAAUUGCAUCUGGUGGAAUGGAUAAUGGAUCUUCCCAGGUGUUACAUUCAGUUAUCCAGUCACAUGUGAAUACAUUUGUUGAACCUCAUCGAAGUUCGACUGUUCCUAUUAACCUAGCCUCUCCAGCAAGAGUGGCACCUAUAGGCAACAAAAUAAAUCCUCUGGAGCCCAACCAUUCUAUGGAUGAUAUGAAAUAUGCUAACCAAGGGGUACCAGGUUUCCAUCCUCAUUCCUUCCCUGACUACCAUGACAGCUUAGCCAAUGGUAUUGCACUCAACUCGCCAUGCACCAUAACAAACAUGGCUAGUAGUGCCGGUUCAAUGGCUGAAGGACUUGACAAUAGGCAUGCUCGAGGAGCAAGUUCAAAUGGACACCUGAUUGAACCUAAUGCUGGGGUUUUUGGGUCAUCAGGAAAUGGAAGCUUGUCAGUUAAUGGGAAUAAUUACAUGUGGAAGACCAACAACUCACAUCAGCAGCAUCCAUCAAGUGCCAUGGUUUGGCCAAAUUCGCCAUCAUUUGUCAAUGGUGUUCAUGGUUAUCGCCUUCCUCACAUGCCUGCAUUUCCUAGGGCUCCCCCUGUAAUGUUCAAUGUAGGAUCAUCUGUACACCACCAUAUUGGCUCAGCACCACCCAAUUCUGCACCAUGGGACAGAUGGCAUCCUUAUGCUGGGGAGUCUCCUGAUACUUCAGGUUUUCACCUAGGAUCUCUUGGAAAUGUGGGUUUUCAUGGCACUUCACCAUCAUAUCCUGUGGAAAUUGCUUCCCACAACAUUUUUUCUCAUGUUGGUGGUAUGGAUUUGAUGAAAAAUGGUGGGGUACACUCUCCGCAGCAGAUGUGCCACCUUUACCCUGGCAGGAACCCUAUGAUUUCAAUGCCGACAUCUCUUGAUUCUCCUAAUGAUCGUGUUAGAAACUUCUCACAGCGUAGAAAUGAUCUGAACUCUAGUAAUGCCGAUAAGAAACUAUAUGCACUUGACAUUGACCGCAUCAGACGUGGGGAUGACAGCAGAACAACACUUAUGAUUAAAAACAUACCCAACAAGUACACUUCAAAGAUGCUUCUGGCAGCCAUUGAUGAGCACUGUCGAGGAACUUAUGAUUUCAUUUAUUUGCCAAUUGACUUCAAGAACAAAUGCAAUGUGGGCUAUGCGUUCAUCAACAUGAUCGAUCCACAACAGAUCAUUCCUUUCUAUAAGGCAUUCGAUGGCAAAAAAUGGGAAAAGUUCAACAGUGAAAAGGUGGCAACUCUUGCUUAUGCUAGGAUCCAAGGAAAGGCUGCUCUUAUUGCUCAUUUCCAGAAUUCAAGCUUGAUGAACGAGGAUAAACGUUGCCGCCCUAUUCUCUUUCAUACUGAUGGCCCAAAUGCUGGUGAUCAGGAGCCCUUUCCUAUGGGUACUAAUAUUCGAUCAAGACCAGGGAGACCUCGAACAACUGGCACUGAGGAGAACCACCGCCAAAGUAGUUCUUCGACUUUAGGUAAUGGGGAGGAAUUUUCCAAUGGGGCGGACUCGAUGGGUUCUUUGAAGGAUUCUGAUUGAGCAGUCUGCUUAACCAGCUCUAACUUUCAGGGUACUAGAACUUUAUCUACCCUACUCUUGUGUACUUGAGGGUGGCUUGAUGACCCUUUUUUUUGCCAUAGAGAAGCAGUUUUGUGAACCAAGUUGCAUGACUGAAACUAAGUGGUAAUUUUUUCGUUCUAUGGGAACUUUUUCUUGUAUCGAUAGCCCGUUUAUGGGGGCUUCAAAUUUUGCGUAGUCUAUGACCGACCUGUAUCUUGAUGUAUGGAAGUUCCUGGGCUUAUGCAUGACUGGAGGGAUCCUUCUUGUAUAAGUUUUGUAUGCAAAGUUGUGAUUUCAUUUUUGUCCCCAAGGUUUUGGAAUCCCUUCGAGUCCUGCUGCUUCAGCCUAGGUGGGGGUGGUUGCUGCUCAAAGAGAGAGAGAGAGACGACAUUUAUAAGUAUUACAGUCAUGGAAUUUUGAACCUCUUGUUUAUUUAUUUUUUUCUUGUAAUGACAUUCAUUCUUUUUUUCUUGUUUUCACUC